GUCCUGAAACUCUCUUUCUCUUCCUUCUCCCUAUAUAUUUCUCUCCCCUCAUUAUUAGAGCACAGGAAAUAUGUGCAUGCUUUAACUGGGGGAAGGGAGAGAGAGAGAAAGGGACCUUUGCAAUUUGAUGUUUCAAUCCAACAUUGAAUCUUCUUCUGCUUCGUUCUUCAUCUCCAUCAUUCCAUCAUGGCCGUCACUUCUCCCUCCCCCAACACUUCCGAUAAGAAGCACUGGUGGCUUACCAACCGUAAGAUUGUCGAGAAAUACAUUAAAGACGCUCGCGCCAUGAUUGCCACCCAAGAACACGGCGAAAUCGCUUCGGCUCUGAACCUUCUAGACGCGGCUCUGGCCAUCUCUCCACGUCAAGACAAAGCCCUGGAACUCAAAGCCAGGUCUCUUCUGUUUCUGCGGCGGUUCAAGGAGGUGGCCGAUAUGCUGCAGGAUUACAUUCCCAGCCUCAAAAUGACAAGCGAAGACUCAGCCUCCUUUUCUUCAGACAAUUCGUCACAGCAGUUUUCGAGGGAGGGGGUGAAGCUCCUUUCUUCUUCGUCCGAGUUGCCGUGUCGGGAUCAGAGUUUCAAGUGCUUCUCUGUAUCGGACUUGAAGAAGAGAGUCAUGGCAGGACUAUUCAAAAACUGCGACGGAGAAGGGCAAUGGAGGUACUUGGUUCUGGGUAAAGCAUGCUGCCAUCUAGGUCUAAUGGAGGAUGCAAUGGUCCUUCUUCAAACGGGUAAACGCAUUGCCGGCGACGCCUUCCGCCGCGAAAGCAUUUGCUGGUCUGAUGACAGCUUCUUCUUAUCAGCACUCACUUUCUCCGGGCACGCCAACAACCCAACACCCUCCACUCCUCCCAAAACACCUCUCACCGAGUUCGAAGGCAUCACCCAACUCCUCAGCCACAUUAAGCUCCUUCUUCGACGUCGCACGGCCGCACUAGCCGCCCUCGAUGCUGGUCUCUACUCUGAAGCAAUCCGUCAUUUUUCCAAAAUAGUUGAAGGCCGCCGCAGUGUGCCGCAAGGUUUUCUCGCCGAGUGUUACAUGCUCAGAGCCUCCUCCUACCGCUCCGCCGGUCGCAUAGCAGAGUCUAUCGCUGACUGUAAUCGUACUCUGGCUCUCGACCCGUCUUGCAUUCAAGCUCUUGAUACCAGAGCCUCCCUCCUGGAAACAAUUCGAUGCUUGCCGGAUUGCCUGCACGAUCUUGAACACUUGAAACUUCUGUAUAAUUCGAUCCUACGGGAUCGAAAGCUUCCAGGUCCUGCAUGGAAGCGCCAUAAUGUGAGGUACAGAGAAAUUCCAGGGAAACUCUGCACUCUCACCACGAAAAUCCAAGAACUGAAACGAAGAGUGGCUUCUGGAGAAACUAAUAACGUGGAUUACUAUCCUCUGAUCGGGUUGUCACGUGGGUGCUCUCGGUCGGAGUUGGAGAGAGCUCAUCUAUUGCUUUGCUUACGACACAAGCCUGAUAAAGCUUUCAACUUCAUUGAUCGGUGCGAGCUAGCGGACGAGCGUGAUCUCGAAUCAGUUAAGGAAAGGGCUAAAAUGUCUGCUUUGUUACUUUAUAGAUUGCUUCAGAAGGGGUACACGAGUAUAAUGGCGACGAUCAUGGACGACGAAGCAGCUGAAAAACAGAGAAAGAAAGCAGCAGCUGCGUUGCAAGCUGCUCAAGCAGCUGAGUCUUCCAGAUUGGAGUCUAAUUUGAAUGUCUCAGAGCAAGUGGGUGGCAAUAGGAAUAAUUGUUCGGUGGAAAAUAAACCCACAAUAGUAUCUUCUUCGAUUGCGAAUUCGUCGGUUUUCCAAGGUGUAUUUUGCCGUGAUAUUGCUGCAGUCGGGAAUAUGCUUUCGCAGGCAGGAUUUAACAAUCCGAUUCCGGUGAAGUAUGAGGCAUUGAGCUGUUAAUAAACCCAUCCUUAUGGAAAUAUAACAGGGCCCUUUAGGAUUGCUGCCGGCAGAGGAAAUCGGCGGUUCAUUUGCUUGAUUGUACAUGAAAUUAUUUUUACUGCCGGAAAAUUUUGUCGCUUUUUUUUUCCCCCUGGUAUCAUCUUUCUUUAUUAGUUGUCCUAUAUAUGUAGUUAUCUAUAUCAGAUGUACAGGAUAUCAGUAUUUAAGCCUCUGCUUCGGCCCUUAAUUAGACUUCUGUUCUGUUCA